GUGUACGGAGCACACGGGGCAGAUAGAGGAGAGAGACGGGUAUGGAUCCGUAGCUCCCGCGGCUGUCCGUCUCGUUUCCCGGGACUAUCGUUUUGAAUACAGCGAGGCUUCGGGUCUUGCACGGUACGUUUGAAUGAGAGCAGGAACGCACAGCGGCGGGAAACAAAGGCGCGCCCGAUACGGUGCAAAAGAGCAAGCUGGCUGCGCGGCGGGGGAUGCGGGGCACAAUAGGGAAGACCUCCUAAAGAAGAAGAGCGUGGACAGUGUUGCAAUAACAUUUCCCCCCAGACAAACAAGCCUCGCUGCGGGAAACGGGAAUCUGAAGCCGGACUUUACUUUUCAGUAAAUGCUGUGUAAAUAUGAGGACGGGCUGUGCGACUUGACGGGACUCUUUCAGGAUUUUUAGAAAGCGCAAAUAGUCCAAUGACAGUCUAAAAAAACGCACCGGCACAGCAAAGGUAAAUCAACUUUAAGCAUUAUUCUAUUUAUUUAUAUUGAUACGCGCUCUGGAAAUCACCAGCUGUGGGUUAAAUCGCGCUAGGAACAUAUUUAACUUGAAUGAAUUUUCUCGGAUUGGGUUUCUGAAGAAUGUACUUACUUGAUGGUAAUUACCCGGAAAGGAUGGAGCGGGGUACGCCACAAAGAAAAACCGUAUACAGGAUAUCUUUGACACUGGUGAAAAAGGAAACCCUGCAGGACGGCGGAGGCUCGGCGCACCGGCGGCUGGAGAACCCUAAAGUGAGCGCGUACCGGCGGGAGGGGGCCGCUGACCCUCCGCGCGGCUCCCCGCUGGAAGAACUGAAGGAGGUGGAGGACGAGACGGACGAAUUCUCUGCACACUCGUACAUGAGGAACUUCAGGACGUUCAGCACUGGGCAUCUGGAGCUGGGCAGGUUGAAGAUCUCGAGGAGGGCGCAGCAUUUACACAAAGACAAGGAACUGAAUGAAAAGUGCGUCCUGCCAGAGAAUGGGCAGAGCAAAGUCGUUGAAAAUGGGGCGCUAGAGCACAAAAAGGCAGAAGAUGUUGCUGAAGGUGACGGAUUGAAACGCGAUUCCGAGCGUGGAGAAAUCAUCGGCACGGCUGCCGCUAACGGAGAAAACGCAGGCAUUCGAAAGAAGAUCCUCAAGGCUUCUCGGAGCACAGAGGAACCGGUCAGCGCGUGGACAGACGAGACCCCCGAGGAAGCCAAGGGUGGCAGAACGGCCAAAGAGAGCUGCAUCUCGUCUUUGCUGGCUAAAGGGAAUGGGAAGUCUCCCAAACCUGCGCCCGAAACCCCUCCGGCGAAGAGGCACCCGAGUCUGCUGCGGCGAAGUUUCAGCUUUCGGCACUGGACGGGUGGAGAGUUGAUCCGCAUACGGGCGCUUUCCAAGGAGAAGCACCACAGCAGCUCGGGCUGCAUUGGCCGCGAUGGAGAGAACAGUCAAGCCGGUGUGGUUCUACAAAACAUGGCUUUCACCGAGUCGGAGUCCACAGAGAAGCGAAACACCUUGGAUGUGGGCGAGGUUCUAAGCAAAACUGAUUCUGUGACCGAACUGGGCCGCAGGGAGAGGAUGAAAGGCAAGAAUCGAACGCUGGACAACAGUGACCUGCUCAAACUGUCGGAUAAAUCCUUGAUGGACAAGGAGGGUUUCAUUAGAGGGACAGGCUCUCGGUCGAGCGGGCAGGAACGUAAACUCAUUCGGUUCUUCAGCGGUAUCUUCUCAAAGCGAGAUGGGACGUCCACUCCACUUAGCAGUCCCAGCAACCGGGCUCUCCGGAAGAACGGCCUUCUGGGAAGUCAGCGGAGAUCAGAAAUGAGCUACUCGCAGUCGAGCACCGAAAGCGUUAACGGUUGCCAACCAGACGAUGCCUUUGUCAACAGUCAGGAGUGGACACUCAGUCGGUCUGUACCAGAGCUCAAAGUGGGCAUUGUGGGUAACUUGGCCAGUGGAAAAUCUGCGCUGGUGCACAGGUACCUGACAGGGACGUACGUGCAGGAAGAAAGCCCUGAAGCCGACGUGGAUGCAGGAGGACGCUUUAAAAAGGAGAUCGUAGUGGAUGGCCAGAGCUACCUCCUCCUCAUCAGGGAUGAAGGGGGACCUCCGGAGGCUCAGUUUGCUUUGUGGGUGGAUGCGGUGAUUUUUGUGUUCAGUCUGGAGGAUGAGAUCAGCUUUCAGACGGUGUACCACUACUACAGUCGCAUGGCCAACUACCGCAACACAGCAGAGGUGCCCCUGGUGCUUGUGGGAACUCAGGACGCGAUCAGUGCAGCUAACCCUCGUGUGAUCGACGACACCCGCGCUCGCAAACUGUCCAACGACCUGAAGAGGUGCACGUACUAUGAGACCUGCGCCACCUACGGCCUCAAUGUGGAGCGCGUCUUUCAAGACGUGGCUCAGAAAAUAGUCGCGACCCGGAAGAAACAGCAGCUGUCGAUCGGACCCUGUAAGUCACUGCCUAAUUCUCCAAGCCACUCCUCCGUCUGCGCAGCGCCCGUUUCCGCAGUGCACAUCAGCCAGACCAGCAAUGGUGGAGGCAGUUUGAGCGAUUACUCUUCUUCCGUGCCAUCCACUCCCAGUACCAGUCAGAAGGAACUACGUAUCGAUGUACCCCAAACUGCCAACACCCCUACGCCAGUCCGCAAACAGUCCAAGCGGCGCUCCAACCUCUUUACGUCUCGGAAGGGAAGCGAACCAGACAGGGAGAAGAAAGGGAUGGAUGGCCGCGCAGACAGCAUUGGAAGUGGCCGCGCUAUCCCAAUUAAACAGGGCAUGUUGCUGAAAAGAAGCGGCAAGUCGCUGAACAAAGAGUGGAAGAAGAAAUACGUCACACUUUGUGACAACGGAGUCCUCACGUAUCAUCCUAGUCUCCAUGAUUAUAUGCAGAAUGUUCAUGGGAAGGAGAUCGACCUGCUACGGACUACAGUGAAGGUUCCAGGGAAGAGGCCCCCCAGGGCCAUCUCCACAUGUGCGGCCCCCAGUCCCAAAACCAAUGGGUUGACCAAGGACAUGAGCAACCUGCAGCUUGGGCAGACACCAGGCUCUGUGACCAGUAGUUCUUCUGCAUCUCAGAUGGCGAGUGGCAUCAGUCUGGUGUCGUUUAACAGCCGGCCGGAUGGGAUGCAUCAACGCUCAUAUUCUGUGUCCAGCGCUGACCAAUGGAGUGAUGCCACGGUCAUCGCCAACUCAGGAAUCAGCACGGAUACGGGUCUGGGAGAUUCUGUGUGCUCCAGUCCAAGCAUAUCCAGUACCACCAGUCCUAAGAUGGACCCACCUCCAUCACCUCACGCCAACCGCAAAAAACACAGGAGGAAGAAGAGUACCAGCAACUUCAAGGUGGACGGCUUCUCUGGAACCGCAGAAGAACAAGAGGACAACUUUGAGUUCAUCAUCGUUUCUCUGACGGGACAGACCUGGAAUUUUGAGGCGACGUCCUACGAGGAGCGGGACGCAUGGGUUCAGGCCAUUGAGAGCCAGAUUCUGGCAAGUCUACAGUCCUGUGAAAGCAGCAAACAAAAGUCUCGUCUGAGCAGCCAAUCAGAAGCCAUCGCUCUGCAGUCUGUCAGGAACAUGAGAGGAAACACGCGCUGUGUGGAUUGUGAAGCCCAGAACCCUGACUGGGCCAGUCUGAACCUGGGGGCUUUAAUCUGUAUAGAAUGUUCAGGCAUUCAUCGCAACCUGGGUACUCACCUGUCUCGUGUCCGCUCUUUGGACCUGGACGAGUGGCCUCUAGAGCUCAUCAAGGUCAUGUCGGCUAUCGGCAAUGAGUUGGCUAAUAGUGUGUGGGAAGCCAAUGCUCAAGGACGCCUAAAGCCCGCCCCCGAUGCCACCAGAGAGGAACGUGAGCGCUGGAUCAGAGCCAAAUAUGAGCAGAAGUUGUUUUUGGCAUCGCUGACGUGCACAGAGCUGACUUUGGGACAGCAGUUACUGCGGGCCACAGCGGAGGAAGACCUGCGCUUCGUGGUCAUACUGCUGGCCCACGGCUCCAGAGAUGAGGUCAACGAAACCUGUGGGGAAGGUGAUGGCCGGACAGCCCUACACCUGGCCUGCCGCAAGGGGAAUGUUGUGAUCACGCAACUGCUCAUAUGGUACGGCGUUGACAUCAUGGCACGGGAUGCUCACGGCAAUACGGCUUUGGCUUACGCACGGCAGGCUAACAGUCAGGAGUGUAUGGACGUCCUCCUGCAGUACGGCUGUCCUGAUGAGCGUUACCCGCUCAUGGCCACCCCUAACCUGUCACGCAGGAACAAUAACCGCAAUAACAGCUGCAGCAGCAUGAACAGUGCAGUUAUAUGAGAAGUAGACUCACAUACACACAAACAUGUAUUCUGGUCAGCACUCCCUCCCUACACACACACACACACACACACACACACACACACCCCUUCAUAUGUACAGCUCCACCACUACAUCAGAAUCAUGAGACUAUACCAGACUCAAGGGAAAGACCCCGACACUGAUGACGACGACGAAGAAGAAGCACGAGCAGAGCUGCUGUGUUUGCCUGACUUUACAGUCCCACAUGGCAAGGGCUCGGCCAAUCACGCGUCAUCCACUUUUUUGUUGUUCAUUUUGGGAGAGUGUCCCACAUCUAAUGUCUCGCUGCACUGCAUUGGACUUUGGUUUUUCUGACUGCACCAGUUUAAGCUACCAAUGCAUGAUGGGAGAAUAGAGUGUGAGUUACAUGAGCGGGUUACAUCAGCGUUCAUGUUUCUUAAUACAUGACAAAGCAAGACAGGAGAUGAUGGGGCGGCAUGGGAUACUUUUACGCCGGAUCUUCAAAGUGACCCGGAAGAACCAGAGAACGUCACACCAUGUGUGUCUGGACUUCCAUCUCACCGCUUUGACACUGAUUUUUCUGUUUGAUCUCAUUCUCUCAGACUUCUCUUCGCAAAUGUUCUUACCGUUUUACGUCAGCAUGUCCGUUUUAAAAGGAAUAUGAAAGGAUGUAAUGACAGUUUUUGGAAAACACCCAAAUAUUGAGUCCUAGGUUUGAAGUUAGAAUCAGACACGGUCUUUUAAACUGUUUUUUUUUAACAUUGUUGAGUAGCAUUUGUCUAAGUGCUUAUUUGUGGACCAAUGGAAAAUUCGUAAAAACAAGUGUUUCUCAAAAGUAAAAGGGAAUUGCAUUUUUAUUUUCACCAGCUUUUAUUUAGCAGGAUAAUCUUCUAGUACGUGAAUCUAGCCUUACGUGUCUCCCAUCGAUCGGCUCACAGUGAAGCGUGCGGACACGGGUUCUGAUGAACCACAUUUCAGAAGUUAAAUCAUCAGAAGUGCAGGACUGAAGCUCGAGUGUUCAUCAUUAAAAUCUCCACAGAAUAUCAGGAAAUCGUGCAAAGACUGAAGACGCUUUCAUGCAGCGACGUGCCUCUCUCAGGUCAUCUCCGUCUGUUCCUGAACCUCGUAUCUCAAAGGAGAGAAGGGCUCUCCGGGUCUUCAUUCCUGAUCUGUACAUACUCUCUCUCUCUCGUUCUGUUGUUUCUCUAAGUAGUGUAAUAUAUAGAAAAGUAUUUCAAGAAAACUCUCCCCCUGAGAAAAGGCGCUAUUAUAUAUUUUUACCUCACCCACUUCUCGUUUCAGUGCAAGUGUGCCUGUUUGAGUCCAGUUCACUCUUCCUGCUCCCUCUCUCUUAGUUUUCCUCCUUUAUAACGACUAUUAAAGCAAUACGAAGUCAAAAUUCAGCCAGGUAGACACACGCGUUUUGGACGUCACCACAGCGGUCUGAGCUGCUGUUUUUCUUGAGAGACGUAAAGCCGAUGUAAGACUGUCUCAGGGCGUAUAUAUAUCAUUACAAAAGAUCCCACGAAGGCUUUGAUAUGGACUUAUUCCAUAUUUUGAUGGGCUUUGAUCAUUUAAUCUCCCAUUGAUCGUGCUCCUCACUAGGUAGUAGAAACGUGAAGGUACUUGGCUUAGGGUUGGAGACGGGAGAAGAUGCGUCGCAGGAUGUAUGUUCCGCAAAAUACAAACGAUCUGGAAAGUCUUUAAGCUAGUUGAUAGACGUUUGGGACUGUGUAGAGAAUCUUUAACUAGCAAGCGGCGAGAGUUGAAAAGCUUUAGCGAAGGACGUGGUUAUAGGAAGUAAGAGAGAAACCUGGAGGUAUGUUGAUUUUCAGCUCGUAAGGGGGCAGUUUUCGCCUUGUGUAUAUAUAUAUGACGUAGCAGGCCUUUAGAGGCUUUACCACAAUAACCAUUAUUUAUGACUAAAUGCACUACAGAACACAGAUCACUUGUCGUGAAGAACCCACGAUAUAAUGUCCACUCUGAAUCCUUUCUGUGGAAAAACAGUUGUUUUUGAUCUUUUUGCAUGAAUGGAUGUAAAUGUUCUCUUCCUUGUGUAAACGUCUUCGUCUUCAUAAAAUGACCGUACCCUUGACAGGUGACACUAAAGAGUCUGCCAUCGUAAUAUGAAAAAAUACUUUUUAUCGACUUCUUCUUCUUUAUUUUCUGUCUGUCCUCCCAUCUGCUUCUUCAGUGAUUCUUCUCCUUUGGAUCAUCUGUCCGUCUGUAACGAUAAAGCAAGCAUGAAUGAGCAAAACAGACAAAAAUCCCACCAAUACCGUAACGGCAACCAAAGCAUCACGUCACCCCUUGCGAGCGAAAUAAUGCAGGCUUGAAGGGGGCUUUAUCAGUACGCUCCGAGUUGCUCGAACAUAUCCUUGUUUUUUUUUUUUUUUUUUUCGUUUCCAUUCGCCAGUCAUCGCUUUGUGUAAAUAGAUGUAAAAAUGGAGAAAGCGUAGUGUUUUUACCUUGUUUUUGUUUGUGUUUGUUACCUCAUUUCAAUGACAGUCUCCAUGUUACGUUGGAACCCGAGACACCCGUUUAAUUAUUUAUGAAUAUGCUAAUCUCAAAGGGGAGGAGCUCUCUCACACUACUUGGGUUUUGCAUUUGUUCCUUUAUUCAGUCCAUUGGCAUCACAACUAUCAUUCUGAUUCGAAUUAUCGGUGUUGUAUUUCUAAUUAUUAUUGUUAUUAUAUUGAGUUUGUGUCAGCUGUACAGUACUGUGUUGAAAAAUUAUACCUGAUGCAGAGUCUUAUACUGUAUGUGUCUCUUUUCAAUAAAAAGCUUCUUAAUAUAA